AUGGCGGCGGUUCCCGCGGGCGGCGGCGCCCCGCGUUCGCCGCGGUUCCAAGUGCAGCGGCUGCUGGGCCAAGGCACCUUCGGCCGGGUCUACCUGGUGCUGGAAAAGCCCUCAGGGAGGCAACUGGCGCUGAAAAGAACUCAAAAAUGGACCAAAAUUGCCUCCAGAGAGGCCCUGGGCCUCGAGGAGUGCAGAGGAUCGGCCGCGCUGGUGGCUGCGGACUCCGUCUUCUACUCCACCACCCCCGCGGGCUUCACCGUCCAGAACAUCUUGAUGGAGCUCCAGGGCUUUUCUCUGCAGCUCUUUUUGGCGCGACACCGCCAGGCCCGCCAAGCAGCAGCAGCAGCAGCAGCAGCAGCAGCAGCAGCAGCAGGCCAGCCUUUCCCGCACACCAGCAGCAGCAGCAGCAGCAGCAGCAGCAGCAGCAGCAGCACGAUUCGAAACAUAAAGUCCAUCGCCCGGCAAAUAAUUGAGGGCGUUGCAGCUCUCCAUUCCCGCGGAAUAAUUCACCGGGAUUUGAAGCCCGAAAAUGUUUUGAUCGACGAAAACGAAGGCGGAGAACCUCUUGUGCGCAUUUGUGAUUUGGGUAAGAAAAAGAAAUCAUUUUAA